AUGCCCCCUCUAAACCCAACUUCGCAGAUUAAGAAGCUAUACUCCCCCGCCGACAACUUAUACCUCGGUCCCGUUGUCACGCCGCGCCGCAGUACUGGUGCUGCUGUAUGCGGACCAGAAGGGGGACUUGAGGGUUGUGUUGACGAUGAGAGCGGCAACGUUGAGGUCUUAUGGAGCAGUGUGGCUAAUUGUGAUAUGACAGAUGCUGGACAGGCUGCUUUACCGGGUGGCCGCGCCGACUCCCUAUCAGAAACGCCCAUCCAAACCGCGCGCCGGGAAGCUAAAGAAGAGAUCGGCCUCCCCGAACACGACGAGCACCUACCUCGGCCCUUCACGGUCGAGCAUCUCUGCGAGUUCCCAGCCAACCUAGCGCGAACGGAACUAGUCGUUCGGCCAUGUGUGGCGCUACUGCAUUCAUUCGAUGAGCUGACGGGCGAGAAUGCCGAUCCUGAAGUCUCGCUGAUCCCGAGGUUGGAUGCGCGCGAAGUCGCGGCGGUGUUUACGGCGCCGUUUCGCAAUUUCUUGCGCUGUAGGGAUAUGGAGGAUUGGGGUGAUGGGGAUCCGACGGAGUGGUAUAAGGGGGCUUGGACGGAGUGGCAUCAAGAGAAUUGGAAGAGAGCAGUGCAUCAAUUCUUCGUCCCUGUUCGGCCUAAAGAAGUGGUUAAGCCGAAGACAAGGACGGAGGAACAGAAAGAAGCGGUUAGUCAGUUGGAGGAGCAGGAGAAGGCCUCGCAGGUUACUCGGUACCGGGUGUUUGGGAUGACGGCGCGGAUGUUGGUUGAUGUGGCGCGGGUUGCGUAUGCCGAAGAGCCGGAAUUUGAGCACAAUAGUCACUUUGGGGAUGAGGCGAUCAUUGAGAAGUUAAGGAAGAUGGGCCGGUUAAGUCCGAUUCGGAGGACAGGGGAUCAGUUGACUAGGCGGGAUAUGGAGAUGGCGGCUAAACUUAGUUGAUACUUAUAGUACUUAUUGGAUCUCUGUGUUGAUAGCCUUAUUUAGAGACCAUCCAUACUUUAUACUUGAACGAGCCCUAUGAAUUAAAUCAACGGCAAAGAGAAUAGAUGUCUCUUACAACACCCAUAGAACAUCACCACGCGAGCCCAGCAUCACUAGAUCAAACACAACCACAACCACAUCAGCACACCCCCCCUGAGAUACAUGCAAUGUCCAUCCCCUUAUCUCCCCUCCCACUCCGCUUGCCAUUAUCACCCCAUCCCCAUCCUGCAAACACCCGUCCAACAGCACUAAACAAUGCAUAGGUAUUUGAAUUUGCAAUAACCGUGAUGGCAUCCCACGCACACGUCCACGCAUGCAUAUCAUGCAUUUCGCAUCCAAAUCCUAUCGGCUAAAACCGCUCUGCAGUUGA